AUGGAAGAUGAAAAAAAUGAUUAUAACCCAGAAGAGGAAGUAACUACAGGAAACUGGAAUACCCCAAAAAUCGAAUUAAAAGAAGUCGAAAUAAAAACAGGAGAAGAAGAUGAAAGUUUAUUUUGGUCAGGAAGAUCGAAAUUGUAUAGAUGGGUAGAAGGAGAAUGGAAAGAAAGAGGGUUAGGAGAAUCUAAAUUAUUAUUACAUAAAAAAAAUGGAACAAUUAGAUUUUUAUUAAGACAAGAAAAAACUUUAAAAGUUGUUGCAAACCAUUAUAUUUAUCCUAAUAAAGCAUAUUGCAAACUUGUACCAAAUGCCGGAAGUGAAAAAAUAUAUGCAUGGACUGUUAAAGAUUUUGCUGAAGAGCCAAAAAUCGAACAAUUUGCCUUAAAAUUUAAUACAGCAGAGGCCGCAAAAUUGUUUAAGCAAAAAUUUGAUGAGGCUGGCCAAAUUAACCUCAAGUUACUUGACGACAAAUGCGAGUUGAAAACUGAGAAAGUGGAAGAAAAGGAAAAGGAAAAGGAAAAAGAAGAAAAAAAGGAUGAAAAGGAAGAAAAGGAAGAAAAAGAAAAAGAAAAAAAAGAAGAUAAGGAAGAUAAAAAAGAAGAAAAGGAAGAUAAAAAAGAAGAAAAGGAAGAAGAUAAAAAAGAGAAAAAAGAAGAUAAGGAAGAAGAGAAAAAAGAAGAGAAAAAAGAAGAAAAGGAAGAAAAGGAAGAAAAAGAAAAAGAAAAAAAAGAAGAUAAGGAAAAAGAUAAAAAAGAGGAUAAGGAAGAAGAUAAAAAAGAGAAGGUUAAAGAAGAUAAGGAAGAAAACAUAAAAAGGGAAGAUUAA